AAUUCUAUAGAAAAAGACGAGGAUCCCCAUCACCCAGCGGUGUCUCCAUAAAGAGUGCGAGGUCUAUGGAGCCUCCUGAGAAUUUUAGUGGUGGAGUUUCAUCACCUCUACACAGGAAGGACCCAGCUAUUAAAGAAUUUCAGAAAAAGUUCAAAUCAAAUCUGAAGAAGAAGUUUCAGUGUGUGAAUGGAGUGAUUAUAAACCUGGGAACCCAAACCCUCCUGAAUGAGAUCUACACAGAGCUCUACAUCACAGAGAGAGACAGUGGAGACGUCAACAAAGAACAUGAGGUGAGACAGAUCGAAGCAGCAUCCAGGAGAACAACAACCGAGGAAACACCAAUCCAAUGCAAUGACAUCUUUAAGCCCUUAUCUGAACAAGACAAACCCAUCAGAACUGUGCUGACAAAGGGAGUCGCUGGCAUCGGAAAAACUGUCUCUGUGCAGAAGUUCAUUCUGGACUGGGCUGAAGGGAAAACAAAUCAGGACGUCCACCUCAUAUUUCCACUUCCUUUCAGAGAGCUGAAUUUGAUGAAGGACCAGAAACUGAGUCUGAUGGAGCUCCUUCAUGUCUUUUUUAAAGAAACGAAAGAAACCGAAAUGUACAGUUUGGAAAAUGUUCUGUUUAUUUUUGAUGGAUUGGACGAGUGUCGUUUUCCUCUAGAUUUCCAGAACACAGUGAGAGUGUGUGAUGUAACUGAAUCUGUAUCAGUGCCUGUGCUGCUGAUAAACCUAAUCAAAGGGAAUCUGCUUCCCUCUGCUCUCAUCUGGAUCACCUCCCGACCAGCAGCAGCUGAUCAAAUCCCCUCUGAGUGUGUCCAUCGAGUCACAGAGGUACGAGGGUUCAAUGACCCACAGAAGGAGGAGUACUUCAGGAAGAGGAUCAGAGAUCAGAGCCUGGCCAAUAACAUCAUCACACACCUGAAGUCAUUAAGAAGCCUCUACAUCAUGUGUCACAUCCCAGUCUUCUGCUGGAUUUCAGCCGCUGUUCUAGAGAGAAUGUUGUGUGAAGCAGAGAGUGGAGAGAUCCCCAAGACUCUGACUCAAAUGUACACACACUUCCUCAUCAUUCAGAUAAACAUCAUAAGAAAGAAGUACUCAAAGAAGCAGGAGAGUGAUGAAGAAAUGCUUCUUAAACUGGGACAACUGGCUUUUGAACAGCUGAAGAAAGGGAACCUGAUCUUCUAUGAGGAAGACCUGAGAGAGUGUGGCAUUGAUGUGAUAGAAGCAGCAGUGUACUCAGGUGUGUGUACGCAGAUGUUCAGAGAGGAGUUUGGGCUUCACCAGAGUAAAGUCUACUGCUUUGUUCAUCUGAGUAUUCAGGAACACCUUGCAGCUCUGUAUGUGCACCUGAUAUUUAUGAUGGAAAAGACAAAUGUUCUUAAUGAAAGUGAGGAGGAUAUGGAAAAUGACAUUUAUCAGUGGCAAGACGAUGAAAGUGAAGAGGAUAUGGAAAUUUCAGAUGUACAUGUUCGUGCUAUAAAUCAGGCUUUAAAAAGUCAGACUGGACAUCUGGAUCUUUUCCUUCGCUUUCUUCUGGGUCUCUCACUGGAGUCCAAUCAGAAACUCUUACAGGCCUUAGUAAAACAGACAGGAAAAGCACAGAGCACAGAAGAAACAGUUCAGGACAUUAAGUGGAGGAUCAGUGAAGAUCUUCCACCAGAGAAAUCCAUCAAUCUGUUCCACUGUCUGAAUGAACUGGGUGAUGAUUCUCUAGUGAAGGAAAUCCAACGAUACCUGAAAUCUGGAAAACGAAGUGAACUCUCUUCAUCACAGUGGUCUGCUCUGGUGUUUGUGUUACUGACAUCAGCAGAGGAACUGGAAGAAUUUGACCUGAAUAAAUAUAUCGGUGAAGAUAAGAUAACAGAAGCUGUUCUUCUGAAGGUGAUGCCUGUGAUUGCAGCAUCCAGAAAAUCAAUGUUGUAUAAUUGUGGUGUCUCAGGUAAAGGCUGUGCUGCUCUAACUUCAGCUCUGAGAUCAAACCCCUCACACCUGAGAGACCUGGAUCUGUCCUAUAAUGAUGUAGGAGACUCAGGAGUGAAGUGUCUCUUUGCUGUACUGGAGAAUCCUCACUGUAAACUGGAGACACUGAGGUUGGAGUCGUGUGGUGUCUCAGAUGAAGGCUGUGCUGCUCUGACUCUGAGAUCAAACCCCUCACACCUGAGAGACCUGGAUCUGUCCUGUAAUAAUGUAGGAGACUCAGGAGUGAAGUGUCUCUCUGCUCUACUGGAGAAUCCUCUCUGUAAACUGGAGAAACUGAGGUUGUAUAAUUGUGGUGUCUCAGAUGAAGGCUGUGCUGCUCUGACUUCAGCUCUGAGAUCAAACCCCUCACACCUGAGAGAACUGGAUCUGUCCUGUAAUAAUGUAGGAGACUCAGGAGUGAAGUGUCUCUCUGAUCUACUGGAGAAUCCUCUCUGUAAACUGGAGACACUGAGGAUGAUUGGUUGUGAUGUCUCAGAUAAAGGCUGUGCUGCUCUGACUUCAGCUCUGAGAUCAAACCCCUCACACCUGAGAGACCUGGAUCUGUCCUGUAAUGAUGUAGGAGACUCAGGAGUGAAGUGUCUCUCUGCUGUACUGCAGAAUCCUCUCUGUAAACUGGAGAGACUGAAGUUGCAGUGGUGUGGUGUCUCAGAUGAAGGCUGUGUUGCUCUGACUUCAGCUCUGAGAUCAAACCCCUCACACCUGAGAGACCUGGAUCUGUCCUAUAAUAAUGUAGGAGACUCAGGAGUGAAGCGUCUCUCUGCUCUUAAGGAUGAUGAACAUUACAAACUACAGACACUGACGUUGGAGCGUUGUGGUGUCUCAGAUGAAGGCUGUGCUGCUCUGACUUCAGCUCUGAGAUUAAAACUCUCAGACCUGAGAGACCUGGAUCUGUCAGGGAAUAAACUAGAAGACUCAGACGUGAAGUGUCUCUCUGUUCUACUGGAGAAUCCUCACUGUAAACUGGAGAGACUGAAAAUCAGUUGUGGUUCAGUUGGAGUGAACGGUGUGUCGGCUCUGGUGUCACUGUUCAGCUCAGAAUCCUCAGGACUGAGAGAAGUGCAUCUGACCCUGGAAACACUCGAUCUGUCCAGGAAUAAAGUGGAAGACUCAGUAGUGAAGGAUCUCUCUGUUCUACUGGCGAAUCCUCACUUUAAAGUGGAGAAUCUGAGGUUGCAUGAUUGUGGUGUCUCAGAUGAAGGCUGUGCUGCUCUGAUUUCAUCUCUGAGCUCAAACCCCUCACACCUGAGAGACCUGGAUCUGUCGAAGAAUAAUGUAGGAGACUCAGGAAUGAAGUCUCUUUCCACUGUCCUGGAGAAUCCUCUCUGUAAACCGCAUAGUCUGUGGUUGCAUGAUUGUGGUGUCUCAGAUGAAGGCUGUGCUGCUCUGACUUCAGCUCUGAGAUCAAACCCCUCACACCUGAGAAAGCUGAAUCUGUCCUAUAAUCAUGUAGGAGACUCAGGAGUGAAGUGUCUCUCUGCUGUACUGAAGAAUCCUCUCUGUAAACUGGAGACACUGAGGUUGGAUUCGUGUGAUGUCUCAGAUGAAGGCUGUGCUGCUCUGACUUCAGCUCUGAGAUCACACCCCUCACACCUGAGAGACCUGGAUCUGUCCCAUAAUCAUGUAGGAGACUCAGGAGUGAAGUGUCUCUGUGCUGUACUGGAGAAUCCUCUCUGUAAACUGGAGACACUGAGGUUGCAGUGGUGUGGUGUCUCAGAUGAAGGCUGUGCUGCUCUGACUUCAGCUCUGAGAUUAAACCCCUCACACCUGAGAGACCUGGAUCUGUCCUAUAAUUAUGUAGGAGACUCAGGAGUGAAGCGUCUCUCUGCUCUUAAGGAUGAUGAACAUUACAAACUACAGACACUGACGUUGGAGCGUUGUGGUGUCUCAGGUGAAGGCUGUGUUGCUCUGAAUUCAGCUCUGAGAUUAAAACUCUCAGACCUGAGAGACCUGGAUCUGUCAGGGAAUAAACUAGGAGACUCAGACGUGAAGUGUCUCUCUGUUCUACUGGAGAAUCCUCACUGUAAACUGGAGAGACUGAAAUUUUGUUACAAAGACUGCAUAGUCCCCACAGAGAGAAAUCAGUCCACACUGUCUCCUGCUGUACUUCACACUGCUGAUGACACCGUCGUGGUGAGCCUGAUCUCUGACAACAACGAGUCGGCAUACCUGAAGGAGAUUAGGAAUCCGGAGAACUGGCGCCACAGGAACAACCUCCUUCUAAACGUUGCAGGAUUGUGGUGUCUCAGAUGA